CAGAGGACAAGAUGGAUUGGGGCACGCUACAGAGUAUCCUCGGGGGUGUCAACAAACACUCCACCAGCAUUGGGAAAAUCUGGCUCACCGUCCUAUUCAUUUUCCGCAUCAUGAUCCUCGUGGUGGCUGCAAAAGAGGUGUGGGGAGAUGAGCAAGCCGAUUUUGUGUGCAACACCCUCCAGCCUGGCUGCAAGAAUGUGUGCUACGAUCACUACUUCCCCAUCUCUCACAUCCGGCUCUGGGCCCUGCAGCUGAUCUUCGUGUCCACGCCAGCCCUCCUGGUAGCCAUGCAUGUGGCCUACAGGAGACACGAAAAGAAAAGGAAGUUCAUGAAGGGAGAGAUAAAGAAUGAGUUUAAGGACAUUGAAGAGAUCAAAACCCAGAAGGUCCGUAUCGAAGGGUCCCUCUGGUGGACCUACACCACCAGCAUCUUCUUCCGGGUCAUCUUCGAAGCUGUCUUCAUGUAUGUCUUUUACAUCAUGUACAAUGGCUUCUUCAUGCAGCGUCUAGUGAAAUGCAAUGCUUGGCCUUGUCCUAAUACAGUGGACUGCUUCAUUUCCAGGCCCACAGAAAAGACUGUCUUCACGGUGUUCAUGAUUUCGGUAUCUGGAAUUUGCAUCCUGCUAAAUAUCACAGAAUUGUGCUAUUUGUUCAUUAGAUAUUGUUCAGGAAAGUCAAAAAGACCAGUUUAAUGCAUUGCCUGGCUGCUAGAGCCAAGACGGAGGAAAAGGAUCAGGCAACCUGUGCUUAGUUGUCAAAGCUCAGCCACCAGCAUUUCCUAAGACAAACAUUCUCAUCUUAAAUGCCACCAUUUGAAGUCCCUGUAGGCCUCCAUGGGACUCCAGAGGCCUCUAUGGGACUCCCUUCCCCCAAAGCUCCCAAACAAAGGCCCAAUUCUAUGCCUGUAUUAAUCGGUUCUAAAGUUAGUUCCACUGAGACUCCGGGCUGGUAGCGACUAUUCUUGUAGGAUACAUUCACAGUUUAAACAAAGGAUCUCACAUUGUUUCUCUUUCUCUGAGGACAGGAGAGAUGAGUCCAGUCCUGAGGAAGGUGCCCAGAAAGUUCACUGGGCCUCCCUUAGGGUACCCUUCCCCGAGUUGCCCCCAGUUAAAGGAAAAGAAUCUCCACUCUUAUGUGCUUUGAUAGUUUAAGUCUGCAGUAAUGGACAAACUUAUUUAAUACUUCAAGCACUGUGUCCUUUUUUUUUUUAAUGAAAACCUUAAAAUAAGAUAGGUUCUUUUGUUCUCAAAAUGAUCUGGAAACCAUUAUACAUUCCUCCUAUUUCGAAGGUUCAGUUUGUGAUAUGAACAUGGUGUGUAAUCAGAUCUCACAAGGUCUUUAGAACGUUGGCCUUUGGUUACGGGAAAUCUGCAGUGUGGCUGAGAGGCCACCUACGGUAUCCACCAUUGGUGUGUCGAAUACAGCGCAACACAUCACAAUGUGUCUCAAAUGAGACAAACUGGAAGCUUUUUGUGCUGGCUUCUGACCAGAAGGGGCCUCAAUUUAAAAAUCCAAGUGUCAUUUUGCGUAAGAGACAGAUAGGAUAUGCCAACAACUGCCACCUGCUAUGAGCCUAACUCAGCCCCCUCCCUCCCGACAUUUGCUGACUCUGUAGCUGUGGGGUGUGGCAGCCAGCGUCAGAAGACAUUGACUUCAUGAGUGCGCUUGGGAGUUUCACUGCCAUGGUAUAAUUUAAGGGUGCAGAAACCAAGUGGGGUGGAGGCAGGGGGUUAACUAUUUUCAGAGAACCAGUGGAACUUCUAGACUCAAAAUUCUGUCGAUUAAAACUGAAUUUUUCUACUUUGAAAGUCUGUUUGCUUCCCUCUUCAGCAUUGGCUUUCUUAACUGGAAACAGAAGUAUGGAUAUUUGGAAAAAAAUAGGAACUAGAGUUUAGGUCAAUAGAAACUAGAGUUUAGGUUAAUAUGUUACUCUCCUAGGGCAAGUUGAACCUUAGCAUUGCCAUUAUGCUUAAUGUGUUUCCCACAAGAUGGCACUCAACGACUCCAAGAGGGGACACUUCUUACUGCCAAGAAUGGCACUGGGAAGCCAUUUUGGAACAAUAAAUAAGAGUUGUGGUUUCAUGCUUGUCACUAAAAUGAUUUUGUAAACUCU